AUGCAAGUUUUUACCAAGGAAGUAGGACAGAGGUCAUCACCUCGCCUUAUGCAACGUCCCAGACGUAAAAACAAUUCUACGAGAAAGAUCAAUGCGAUCAGAAGGCGGCUCGGAGGAUAUCCAAAAAAUGCAGGGCGGGGAGUGUCGAGAAGUCAAGUCGACGGAGAAGCAUAUUCUAUAAUCUGCAAAGUGUUAGAGGAGUAG